AAUGCCGUUUCUUGAUUUAAUUUAACCAAAACUAAGACUCUUCAUUGACAACAUGCAGCCAGAAUUUGGCCCGACCACAUCGGCAGUGGUGCACAUAAAAAAUAGUUGCACGUAUUUUGGUAAAAGCCGCGAACAGAAAAGCAGAUACAGAAAACGAAACUACAACCCGAAACGGAAACUAAAACGCGACCAGACAAUAAAAAAGUGAAAAACGCUAUGCAAAUGGCCCUUUCCCGUCGCUUCUGCACUGCCAAGUGCAUGAGAAAAUAUGUAAAGCAGAAAUUAGACGAUGACAAACUGGAGAAUGGAAACCGAAAGUGCGUAAUUAAUUUCUUUUUCAUUGCAGCCCGCUAAAAAUGCUGCAAUGCUACAAGCAGACUUGGGGCCCUGCUCAUCCCGUAAGGGGCAUGGCCAUCAGAGCCUGUCUAAGGCCAUUUAAGUCCCAGCGCAAACAGACUCGCACAUGGCACUCACCCCAGCAGGAGCAAUAGCUCCAGUCCUGCGGAGCACUGGCUCCCACUCAGGCACACACCCAGCGACACACACACAAACACACACGCGACCCAAAACAACAACCAACAGCCAACAGCCAACAGCCAACAAGCAACAAGGGGCACAACUGAUGUGCGGUUUUGGUUUCAUGGCUUACGGCUUUGAUUGCUGUCAUCGCUCAAUUGAUUUUUCACUAAUGCCGUCGAUUGGCAAACCCAAAACCGAAAUAAAAGUGAAAUGCAAAGCAUUAAAAACAGCAGAACUUAAACGCCAAAAUAAACAAUUUGUCGAACAGUGACGUGUGUGUGCGCUUUUGAGGCAAACAAUACAUAAAAAUCGCCGGAAAGAAAGGAAAGAGCUUAUGUUUGACAUGAAAUUAAAUCGCAUUCGAAAUGGGAACAUGUUCCAUGGCGAACAAUAAAACUAAAAUAGGAUUAGUUGCGGUCCGUGCUUAAUUUCAGAGUGCGAAAUGCAGGCCUGAUUUCAGAUGGGUUUUGUAGAAUAAUGCGAAAAGUGAAAAUAAACAAAAAGUGUUACAGAUACGCUUCAACACAGCAAACACAGCGAAAAAAUUAAAUCAAGC